AACAAGAAGACGGAAAGUGGGCGUGGUGGAGAGCGAUGAUAAGAAAGAAGGGAAACGCGUCUCCAUAGGCUCACAUUCCAUUUCAUUUCCUCUCUCUCUUUAUUAUUAUCAAUCUCUCUCUCUGCUCUCUAUUCAACUCGCCUGAGGAGGUGAAAAUCAAUAAAGAUGGCGCAGAGAACAGAGAAGGAAGAGACGGAGUUCAAAGCCGCCCUCGAAUCCUUGACGACCACAACCACGCCGCUAUGCUCAAAUAACUGCGGCGUUACAGCGAAUCCAGCGACCAACAACAUGUGUCAGAAAUGUUUCAACGCAUCCAUCUCCGCCGCAGCCGCAGGUGUAGAUUCCCCUUCGAUCUUGAAGAGAACGUCGAGAUCCGUCAAUAUAAGGCCACCACAAACCAAAGUUGUUAUCCGUCCUCGGGAGAUCGAUCCGGUUAAGAGAGAUCAACAGACCGUGAACCGGUGUUCUGGUUGUCGGAAGAAAGUUGGUUUGACCGGGUUCAGAUGCCGCUGCGGUGAUCUUUUCUGCUCCGAGCAUCGUUACUCGGAUCGACAUGAUUGCAGCUAUGAUUAUAAAACAGCCGGUCGUGAGGCGAUCGCUAGAGAGAAUCCGGUUGUGAAGGCGGCGAAGAUGGUUAAAGUUUAAAAUGUUUUUUUUAAAUUCAAAUUUGAAAAAAGACAAAAAAAAAAAACAAUCUUCAAUCGCGGUUGGUUCAAUCGGACAGAGAGAUGAUGCUUCGGAGACAUUGGUUUGAUGAUGGUGUCUGUUUUGUAAUGAAAAGAUCAGAGAGAUUCUCUUCUCGAUUGAAUCUGUAACUGAAUUUUAUUUUUUUUACCUCUUGAAUUAUAUUAGUGUAUGAUUAUUAUUAUUGUAGCUUUACAGAUUCAUGAAUUUUAUUUGCUUCGGAUGUGAGAUAAUAAACUCAUCAAAGACGAGUUUUGGAGUGGCAUGUUUUAGGUAGAUUCGGUAGAAAUGAAGGGUGUUUUUGGUAAUUUAGGAAACGUGUCUCUUGUUUCGUGUGCGUCACAACUCACAUCCCCUCGACAAGGUUUGCUUGGCGUAUAAAAGAGAGGCCAAUAACGUGUUUGAGUUGUAUGGCUUAUUUUAAGUAAACUAUAAACAAGAUUUUUACGCAUUCUUAAAAAAGAACAACUUGUAACUUUUCAACUUAAUUAACUUAACCCUCUUUAUAUGAUGCAACAUCAUGUGAUUUGCACAACAUUUAUCUCGUG